AUGAAUGAUAAUAAGAGUUUUAUUUGUAGGAAAACCAAGAGUGAAUCUCUUGGUAACUGUGAACACAAUGCAGAUUGUAGAUGCAUUCUUAAAGCAACUCUUUCACAAUUGACAUCGAUACAGCUUCAACAAAGUUCUUCAACAGAUACUGAAUCUAGACCAUUAUCUUUAUUACAAAGAUUAUCAUUACAACUAGUAAAAUCGAAUGAGCACCAAACUAUUCCAUUUGAUGUAAUAGUUCGACAACAAUUCAAAGAUUUACUCAAUGAAUCUAUACCUGAACAACAUCAACGAUACUUUGGUAAAUAUUUUACUGAUGAUAUAAGUACUAAAACAUUUACUAUCAAUGAAUUUGGUCGAUUAUUUCAAUUAACAUCUUUACUUUCUAAAAGAAUUUUAAUAGUAUUUAAUUUAAAUGCAUCAUAUGAAAAAAAUUCGAUAUCAGGUGAAGAUAUCAUUCGUCUAGCUCGUCUUCUUUGGAUUUCACCAAUGUCAAUCAAAGCUUUUAUACUUUUUAAAUUAUUUGAUAGUAAUGAUAAAGACAUAAUAUCUAUUAAUGAUAUUCGUUCAUUUUAUGAACAAUAUUUAUCAGAAGUUAAAUAUUUUAAAGUUGAAAGAAGACUUCAGGAAAUUGUAGAAAUAUUUUUACAAGGAUUUUUUCCAUUAAAUAAUGAAAAUCAACAAAAACAAGAAUUAAGUUUUGAACAAUUUCAUCACAUUCUUCAAGAAAAUCCAUCUGUAUUUCAAACACUCUAUCUUAUUAGUAUACCUGAUCAAGACAAUGAAGAUGAUGAACAAACAAUUUGGUUUAAACGAUGGUGGAUGUAUAUUAAAAAUAAUACAAAUCGUAUUGCUUUUCUUAUUUUAUAUAUUCUAAUAUCAAUUGCAUUAAUUAUUUAUGUGAUUAUUUAUCAAGUUAUUAUUCUUGAAAAACAUUCUGUAUCACAAGUUAUUGCUCGAAUUGGUGGUAUGUUAGUUAAUUUUAAUUAUGCUCUAGCUGUUAGUCUAAUGCUCAAACGAACAAUGACUAUUAUUCGACGUUUAUAUUAUCUUCGUAUAUUUAUACCAGUUGAUGAUCAUAUUGAUGCACAUCGUUUCGUCGGUACAAUGCUAUUUAUUUCUGCUAUGAUACAUUCUCUUGGCCAUUCAAUUACUUUUGCUAUAAAUCUUAAUGGACAUUCAUGGUUUUCAUUAAUGUUUACAACAGCUGCAGAAAUUGGUUGGGUUGGUCAUUCAGCUACUAUUACUGGUGUUAUUCUAUUUGUAUUACUUAUAAUUAUGGUUAUUUGUUCAUUUCAAUGUAUUCGACAACGAUCUGGAUGUUAUCAAUUAUUUCGUUAUACUCAUUAUUUAUUUUGGCCAAUUUUUAUUCUACUUGUACUUCAUGCACCGAAUUUUUGGAAAUGGGCUAUUGGACCAAUGGUAUUAUUUUGUUUUGAAAAAAUUUAUUUAUUUAAACGAUAUCUACCAAAAUAUGGUCGUACAAAAUUAAUUUCAAUUCGAAUUGAAGAUGAACAUGUAUUAUCACUGAUGAUUGAAAAACCAUCAAAUUUUAAUUUUCAUGUUGGAGAAUAUAUUAAUAUUUGUUUACCAAAUAUCGUUCGUAAUGAAUGGCAUCCAUUUACAAUUUGUAGUAGUCCAGAACGAAAAGAUGUACUUCAACAAAAUUCUGAUAAUAAUAGUCAAAUGGCAGAAAUUAUUGUGGAUAAUUUAAGCAACAAUUCAGAAACAAAUUCAGGAAAUUUGUUAGUUUAUCCAAGAGAAAUUACAUUUACUGAUAAACAAAAAGAUGCUAUUGCUUGUAUAGAAGGUCCAUUUAGUACUUGUACAUCGUAUAUAUUUGAUUGUGAACAUGUUGUAUUAGUCGGAGCUGGUAUUGGCAUAACACCCUAUAUAAGUGCUUUAGAAAGUUUAAUCUAUCAACUACGAGAACAACGUUCUGAACAAGAAUCAUAUUUAGCUGCUACAACACCACAAGAAACAACUAAUUCACAAGAACAACGAUCAAGAUAUCUUGAUAUUCAUCUUUAUUGUACAUCAAUACGUAGUCAUGAACAAGCUAUGUUAGGCAAUCUUCCUUAUAAUCUUGUUGCUAAUAUGUAUGAAGUUAUACAACAUGAAGAUAUGCAUACACAAUUAAGAACACCAACACAUGUUGGACGACCACCAUGGAAAUUAUUAUUUGCAAAAUUUAAAGCUGAACAUCGAUCAACAAAUGUAUUUUUUACUGGUAAUAGAAUUAUGGCAGAUGAAAUUAAGAAACAUUGUGAUGAACAUACUUUUCGAUUUCAACAUGAACCUUAUUUUUGA